GUAAAACCAGAAGAAGAAGCAGCAGCAGAAGAAGAGAGGGAGAAAAAAAAAAACGUCUAAUCAAUGCGCUACACCAUUGCCUUCGGUUAGAGAUAGCAAUUCCGCGCCGGUCCACGCCAGCUCAAGUGUUGCUGCAGCAUGCCGUCUACCUCGAGCACAAAUUAACAAGGUAAGGCUGUGUAUGUUCUGGAGUGUGUUAGCUAACGGGCUAGUCAGCGAACCUGUUAUUUUUUUUAAUUAUUUUAUUAUUUUUCAAGUGUUCAUAAUGUCAUGUCUAAUUUAACGAAAACGGCUUGCGGUUUUGCAUGGUCGAGUGAAUUUGCACAUAUUAAAGUUAACGUCUGUACUAGCUAAAGCUACUACGUUGUAUGCACGUGCACAACGUUAUAGCGCCGUAUGCUACAUUGGUUGGUUUUUGUUAGCUAGCUAACAUGUUGCUGCAAAGUGCUUCGCCGUUCGUUAGUGUUGGUGGUGUUGAAACUCGAGGGCUGCUAGUUUAAGUUACCCGCGCGCGUGUACCAUUAAGGUGCACUAGAUACAGUCCAGGUAAUGAAGUAGACUUAAAGCAACACGCUGUUCUUUUGUGCACCCCAUUUAUUUGUGUUACUCGUAAGACUCCUUGACCUAUGCUUUUCCUUCCCUGAUGAUACAAAACAAAUAAUGCAUAAAUACUCAUUUAAAAUACUCAGCAAAAGGGGGGAUGAAGGGUCUGUUGCUUUUCGUGGUCACCCCCUUCCUUCCAUCACUCAUAGUAUUGUUUGUCAUUAUGAUAAAACCAUUUUAAUGACUUGCAAAUAGCUGCUUUACACACUUAAGGUAAACAUAGUUAGAGGUUAGUGAAAUCAUCUUUUAAAUUCUCAGUUCUCAGUGUACAUUUAAUAAAUCAUGGCAAACUGCUUUUCUGUUUUAGUAAAAAAUGUACCAUUACUCCUUGGCAAUAUUUAUUGCCCAUCUUUGAGCAACUUUGAAAAUAAGGGGAUGUGAAGCUGUUGGAUUUGCAUGGAGUUUUGACAACUAUGCACAUUGUCAACAUGUUCUUAUCGUUCCUUCAUAGGAUUUGGAUGCAAGUUUUUCCACCCCAGUCAACAUGUCCUCUGAAAGCAUUACAGACAUUACCAGGUGUGAUUCUAACCACUCCCGUGCCUGUCUACAGACUGCACCUGAACUUUCAAGACAACUGAGUUCUACAGAAUUACUCGAGUGGACCUGAAGAGGAUCUUCCUGUCAUCAUUGGAUGCACACUCAUCGCAGCUUAUUAAGCUGUACAGAUCAUGCCGCGGAACACUUGGAAAGGACAUGAUCCUUCUCGACAACUUUGAUGAACAGGUAAUCAAUAAGUAGGAAGUGCAUGUGGUAUAGCAGGGGUCCUCAAUUAGAUUUGAACUGGGACCAAAAACUGGGGGACAGACGAGGGGCAUUUUCACAAUUAUUUAGUCCGACACGACAUCAAUUAUAAAACGGACAACUAUGCAAACCAUAACAUUGGAGCAGAGCAUUUAACAUCAGAUCACCCUUUAAUAUUCCAGUUUGUCUACCAAAAUAAAUAUGAAUACACGUUAAUGUUCACAGGUGUAUUGUAUUUUUUGACUUAAUUGACAUUUCAAAUUGGUGAUUUCGGAGAUGAAAAGCAAGAGAGCGUUAUUGUGUUUUCACCCUUAAGCUAUGUCCAAAAACAUGAUGCCCAUAUACUGUAUACAGUGGUAAAAUAUGGGUUCAUUUAGUUAGUGAAUACAGCCGACCUGAAAUGCAUGCUACAAUGCUGGAAGCAUUUUGCCAAAUGCCUUUGUCUUCUAUAGUUUGCAUUGAAUUUUUUGAAUUAUAAUUAUAAAUAUAUACAUUUUUAAUCUUCAUUUUGUAUCUUUCAGACAACUGAUGUGCUUGCCCACAGAAAGUCUACAGCUCAAUGGAGUCUACCGUUCAUUGAUGGAGAAGCCGGACGGCUUUCUGAAGAAAUAUCUGACCCGGAGGAAUUUUGUGUCAAGGGAGUUGAACUUGGAAUACUCAGUUGUUGAAGAUGGCGUUGGGACGGUCCGCUGAAGUCCAACAACAAUAAGCAUCGCCCUGGUUAUUGAGGAACGGAUUGUCCUGGAGGAUGUAUGCGACUUCCCAACCACAUCUGCCCUUUUGUUUGGGCUCAUCUAGGCUCUUAACCUGGAAUAUCCGAAGGACUUACGAUGAGGCAGUCCUGGAUGAUGUAAUCGGUCUGAAGGAUUCAUCUGCAGCGUUCACACCGGAAAGAGACAGAGGAGGGACAGACGAGGACACGAGGAUGGGCGUGGGGAAGAACACCAAUUCCAAGGCGAUGGACAGUAACAGUGAGGGAGGAAAACUUGAAGAGGAGAGCAAGCAUGCCGUGGAUUUCUACCCUAUCCCGGUGGUGGUAAACGGCGUGGGCGGUGCCAUCGGAGACCAGGACACCGAGAACACCGAGCUGAUGGCCAUCUACACUAAAGAGUAUCGGGGAGCAGAAAAGAGCUCAAUGUCUGAGACGUUGGACAGCACAGACAGUACGGACGCGAGGAGGAUGGACAUGAUCUAUACCAUUGAAGACACCCCACCCUGGUACCUGUGUGUGUUCUUGGGCUUACAGCACUACUUGACCUGUUUCAGUGGAACUAUUGCCGUGCCGUUCCUCCUCGCCGAGGCGAUGUGUGUCGGCCACGAUCAGUGGGCCACCAGUCAGCUCAUUGGAACCAUCUUCUUCUGUGUGGGGAUCACCACCCUGCUCCAGACCACACUGGGCUGCAGGUUGCCCCUGUUCCAGGCCAGCGCUUUCGCCUUCCUCGCACCGGCUAGAGCCAUCCUGUCCCUGGACAAAUGGAAGUGUAUUAACACAGAGGUUCCAGUAUUCAACAGCACCGAGCUACUCAACACAGAGCACAUCUGGCACCCCAGGAUACGAGAGAUCCAAGGGGCCAUCAUCGUGUCUUCCCUGGUCGAGGUGUGUAUCGGAGCGCUGGGUCUGCCCGGGCUCCUGCUGAAGUUCAUCGGACCUCUGACUAUCACUCCCACCGUGACCCUCAUCGGCCUGUCUGGUUUCCAGGCUGCGGGGGAGAGAGCUGGAAAACACUGGGGCGUUGCUAUGCUGACUAUCUUCUUGGUGCUGCUCUUCUCUCAGUAUGCCAGGAACGUUCACUUCCCUCUGCCGGUCUACAAAGCCAAGAAAGGCUGGACUUUCUACAGGCUGCAGGUCUUCAAAAUGUUUCCUAUCAUCAUGGCCAUCCUGGUGUCAUGGCUGCUGUGUUUCAUUUUCACUGUGACUGACGUUUUCCCGCCGGAGGUAGACAAGUAUGGCUACUACGCCCGCACCGACGCACGUAAAGGGAUCGUCGCAGCUGCACCCUGGUUUAAGGUCCCAUAUCCAUUCCAGUGGGGCGUUCCAACGGUGACGACUGCAGGUGUGAUCGGUAUGAUGAGCGCGGUGGUGGCCAGCAUCAUCGAGUCGAUCGGAGAUUACUACGCCUGCGCACGUCUCUCCUGCGCUCCGCCACCUCCAAUCCAUGCCAUCAAUAGGGGGAUAUUUGUAGAAGGUAUUUCCUGUGUGUUGGAUGGUCUUUUUGGGACAGGAAAUGGCUCCACCUCCUCCAGUCCAAAUAUAGGCGUCCUGGGAAUCACAAAGGUGGGCAGCCGACGUGUGAUUCAGUACGGAGCCGCCAUGAUGCUGCUGCUGGGGCUCGUGGGUAAAUUCAGCGCCCUGUUCGCCUCUCUGCCCGACCCUGUGCUGGGAGCUCUGUUCUGCACCCUGUUCGGUAUGAUCACAGCAGUGGGACUCUCCAACCUGCAGUUUGUCGACCUCAACUCCUCCAGGAACCUCUUUGUUCUGGGUUUCUCCAUCUUCUUCGGUCUGAUGCUGCCGAGCUACCUCAAACAGAACCCGCUGGUCACCGGCAUCGUCGAGGUUGACCAAGUAUUGAACGUGCUCCUCACCACUGCUAUGUUCGUCGGAGGCUCCGUCGCCUUCAUUUUGGACAAUACUAUCCCUGGCACCCUCGAAGAACGAGGUGUCAGGAAGCUGAAACUUGGCACUGGUCUCGGUGCAGCGGAGCUGGAGGGGAUGAGAUCCUACGACCUGCCGUUUGGAAUGGACUUCAUCCGCAGACAGCCCGUCUUCAAGUACAUCCCGAUCAGCCCCACCUUCCAAGGCUACCAGUGGGGGAGGAUACAAGAAGUCUGCAGGAGCAGACGGGGACAUGGGGAUGCGGUGAAGGGGGGAGGAGCGGGAGGGGAGGGAGGCGCAGCAGCAACGGGGGAGAGUGGGGUAUAGCCGACGAGGUGGUGCUGCAAGAUCUUAAAUGUGGAUGAAUUUGGGGAGCAAGGGAUGGUACACUAUAAAAGGAUGGAAGAGUCGAGGACGGAAGCGGUGCAGGAUUCGGGAUUGUGUGGAAGAAAUUGUGAUGCACCAACGCUA